CCCCCAUCGUUUUGUUCAAAAUAGAACUCCAACCAUGAAUGUACAUUCUGUCCACAUUAUCUUCUUCUUCUCUCUACAAACCCCAUGAUGCUGCAUAAAUUACAGCACCAGUGAUGCAGACAAUUAAUGGCUUCUCUUCUUCUACUUCUUAUUCCCGUCACACCCUAAAUUUUCUUUUUAGAGUUCUUUCUGUUUCUGCCAAAAACCCUCAUCCUUACUCCACCAUCUUUUCUUCUUCUUCUGUUCAUCGCCUUCAAACCAAACGAACUUCCGCUCCAAAAAACUGUGAGAAUCCUAGUCUCAAAAGACUCACUUCUCGAAUAGUUGAACUCACCCGUAGAAAACAACUUCACCAGGUAUUUCAGGAAAUUGGGUAUGCAAAGAAGCGAUAUGGUAAGGUGAAUACAAUUGUGAUGAAUGCUGUAAUGGAAGCUUGUGUUCAUUGCGGUGAUGUUGAUUCAGCUCUUCGGAUCUUUCAUGAGAUGGAAAUGCCUGAUAAUUGUGGAGUUGAUACUAUUAGUUUUGGUAUCCUGUUGAAGGGCUUAGGUGAGGCACGAAGAAUAGAUGAAGCAUUUCAGUUAAUUGAAUCAAUGGAGCGACCAACUGUUUUAGGAAAUCCAGGGAUGUCCCCGGAAGUGAUCUAUGGAUUUUUCAAUGCUCUGAUUGAAGCAGGGGAUCUCCGCCGUGCUCAUGGACUUCUUGCACGAUAUCGUGUUGUGCUUCGUGGAGGAGGCCCGUCAAUCCAAAUGUACAACUUAUUAAUGAAGGGGUAUAUAAAUGCUGGCUGUCCUGAGGAUGCUUUGGCUGUACACAAUGAAAUUCUAAGCAAAGGAAUAAAGACCGAUCGGUUUACUUAUAAUACUCUUUUGUUAGCAUGUGUAAAGUCUGAAAGGAUGGAUGCUGCAAUGCAGCUAUAUGCUGAAAUGAAGGACGAAGCGCAAAAAAUUGGAAGCCAUUAUCUUUUUCCAGAUACUGUCACUUACACUACGUUAAUUAAGGGCUUUGGGAGUGCCAAGGACUUGCAUUCAGUUCUAAAGAUUGUGAUGGAAAUGAAAUCAUUGCCCGAUCUGCUUAUUGAUCGAAUUGCAUACACCGCGAUUAUUGAUGCCUUGCUAUCUUGUAAUUCAACUAAAAGUGCGAUUUGCAUAUUUGGAGAGCUAUUGAAGCGAGCAGGUGGGAAUCCAAAACUGCGGCCAAAACCACACCUUUAUCUUUCUAUGAUGCGAGCUUUUGCUCUUAGAGGAGAGUAUAGCAUGGUCAAAAGUCUUCAUUCACGCAUGUGGCCAGAUACUUCAGGAGUCAUCUCUACUGCAGUUCAAGCAGAAGCCGAUGAACUCCUUAUGGAAGCAGCAAUAACUAAUGGUCAGGAUGAAAACGUGGAACAUGAACUUUAUCACUUGACAACUUAUGCCAUCACGAUGUCUUGUAUACAAAGGGUUGAUGUGGCUAGACGGAUACUCUCAAAUAUUGUCACGAAAUGGGAAUGCGUAUCCUGGACAAACAGAGGAAGCAUGGCUGCUGUAAGGGUCGAGGCUUUAUCUGGAUUCACCAGAUCUGCAUUUACCCCUUACCUCCUUCCUCAGGUAUCUCUGGAUGAUCCAAUUGAGACUAUAAUGAGACCGUUUGGAGAAGCUCAGCCAUUGCUAGUCAACUUAGACGUGGAGAAUGUACCAAUGCGGUUCUUCAAAGAUGAAGUUGUCCCUAUUAUUGACGAAUGGGGAAGCUGUGUAGGAGUUGUUCAUCGGGAAGAUUGCAAUCAGGAUCUAUUUAGUGAAUGAACUGAGAGAAAAUAAAGAAAACGGUGUAAGUGAGAAUAUGCGUUAAGAGUUGUGAAAGAGACCAACCAACUCUUUCUUUUCUUAUAUGCAAUGGUCGGUUAAAACAUGUUACGAUACAACUACACCAGCAUUGUCCCUGGCCCGUUUUAUGAGGGUGGUUUUGCUACUUAAUAUCCCAUGACCAUUCUUGCUCAAGGAGGGGUUAUUCUAAAACCUUUUCUGUCCGGCCAAAGUUGUUGAACUUCAAUGGCAAAAUGAAAGCAAAAUGCUUACAAUUUGAAAUAAACGUUUGAUAUGAUUCAAGUACUGGAAAGUGCUUUCGGUUUUGGAAUACAUAUGCAUACCUACAGACUGGAAAUACAAACAUACAAUUUGUAUGUCAUUUUUUCAUUAUAGAAACC